AUGGCUUCCUUCCGCUUCUGUGCCGAGUGCAACAAUAUGUUGUACCCCAGAGAGGAUAAGGAUAAUGCUAGACUCCUUUACUCGUGCCGAAAUUGUGACUACACGGAGUUGGCUGAGAACGCCAAGGUCUAUCGUCACGAACUUAUCACGAACAUCGGUGAGACCGCUGGAGUUGUGCAAGACAUCGGCUCUGACCCAACCUUACCGAGAUCGAAUAAGACAUGUCCAUACUGUGGAAAUCAUGAGUGUGUGUUUUUCCAGUCACAGCAGAGAAGAAAGGACACUUCCAUGAUCUUGUUUUAUGUGUGCUUGGAGUGCAAAAAAGUUUUUAGGUCUUAA